AUGGCGGACCUCUCGCUGCUCCAGGAGGACCUGCAGGAGGACGCGGACGGAUGUGAGUGCGCCCGCCUCGCUGUCGCGGCUCCGGCGGCCCGCGGGGAGCGGCCGGGAAGGAAGGGAGGGCGGCGGCGGCCUGGGCCGGGCCGGCAGAGAUGGGGCUCGGCGAGGCGUGGCCCUGGGCCGGUCGGGGCCGCGAGCUGGAGGGAGCAUUGCGCUUCGGGGAGGGAACGGCUCGCCCGGGUGGACGGGCGACAAGAGAUGCCCUGUCUGACGCCCGAGGCCGGGCUCUGCCGCGUCUCCCACUCUCGCAUCACCCCCUCCGGGCGGCUGUGGGCUCGGGGGCCGCUCGGCGUCUGUUUCGGGAGGAGAAAGUGGCAGGGCCGAAAUGUGAAAUGGUCAUUUGGGGUGUGCUUGUUCCCGGUGGGGGCCCUCCGCGGACCCCCACCCCUGCCUCCCCCCAGGAAGGAAGAGGCUGGGAGAAGGAAGGUGUGUUUUCUUACAGUUGCUCGCUCGUAUCACUCGGUGGCCAGCUUUGGUGUGGAUGACUACAGCUCAGAGUCUGAUGUGAUUAUUAUACCUUCAGCCCUGGACUUUGUCUCACAAGAUGAAAUGUUGACGCCACUGGGGAGAUUGGACAAGUAUGCUGCAAGUGAGAACGUAUUUAACAGACAAAUGGUGGCCCGGAGUUUGCUGGACACGUUGAGGGAAGUCUGCGAUGAUGAAAGAGAUUGCAUUGCUGUUUUGGAAAGAAUUAGCAGAUUAGCUGACGAUUCAGAACCAACCGUGAGAGCAGAGCUGAUGGAACAGGUGCCUCAUAUUGCAUUGUUUUGUCAAGAAAACCGGCCUUCAAUCCCGUAUGCUUUUUCCAAAUACUUACUACCUAUUGUGGUUAGAUAUCUCGCAGAUCAGAAUAAUCAGGUAAGAAAAACAAGUCAGGCAGCUUUGCUGGCUCUGCUGGAGCAGGAGUUAAUUGAGCGAUUUGAUGUGGAGACCAAAGUGUGCCCCGUCCUCAUAGAGCUAACUGCCCCAGAUAGCAACGAUGAUGUGAAAACAGAAGCUGUGGCUAUAAUGUGCAAAAUGGCUCCCAUGGUUGGGAAGGACAUUACAGAGCGUCUUAUCCUCCCUAGGUUUUGUGAGAUGUGCUGUGAUUGCAGAAUGUUUCAUGUUCGAAAGGUCUGUGCCGCCAAUUUUGGAGAUAUUUGCAGUGUAGUUGGCCAGCAAGCUACUGAGGAGAUGUUGCUGCCCAGGUUUUUCCAGCUUUGUUCUGAUAACGUGUGGGGAGUCCGGAAGGCUUGUGCUGAAUGUUUCAUGGCCGUUUCCUGUGCGACAUGUCAAGAAAUCCGACGGACUAAAUUGUCAGCACUGUUUAUUAAUUUGAUCAGUGAUCCUUCACGUUGGGUUCGCCAAGCGGCUUUUCAGUCUCUGGGACCUUUCAUAUCUACUUUUGCUAAUCCGUCUAGCUCAGGCCAGUAUUUUAAAGAAGAAAGCAAAAGCUCAGAAGAUCCGUCAGUAGAAGACAAAAAUAGGAUCAGAGAUCAAGAAGUCCCAGAGGAUGUACAGAUCAGGCCAGAGGAUGUUUCUUCAGAUCCCAGUGUUAGUAAUUCCAGUGUCAAACUGGAAAACAUGGUGGAAGAUCAUGCUGAAACAUCUAGGAAAUCUCCAGGUGAAAUAAGUGUCCCAGUGGACAGCUCUUUACUUUGUACUUUGUCCUCAGAAUCUCAUCAGGAAGCCCCUAGUAAUGAGAAUGAUAAAAAGCCAGCUAACUGCAAAUCUGCAUUACGGCCAGAGGGUGGCGCCAGUUCACCAGAUUCAGCUCUCUUAGAUCAGGAAUUGUACAACUCCUUCCAUUUCUGGAGGACUCCUCUUCCUGAAAUAGAUCUAGAUAUAGAGCUUGAGCAGGGCUCUGGGAAUACUCUCAGCCCAGAGAGACCAGAAGAAACCUCUGAAGUCACCGUACCAGGUUCUUCAAAUAUCACUAUGGCCACCAGAAAGGAACUUGAAGAAAUGAUAGAAAAUCUAGAGCCGCACAUUGAUGAUCCAGAUGUUAAAGCGCAAGUGGACGUGCUGUCCGCCGCGCUGCGUGCUUCCAGGCUGGACGCUCACGAGGAGGCCAGCGAUGCAGAAAAGAGAAGUGAUGUGCAAGAUGAGCUGGGUGUAAACGAGCUACCAAACUGUAAAAUAAAUCACGACGCCUCCGUGCCUUUAAUCAGCGAUGCUGUUGAGAAUAUGGACUCUGCCCUUCGCUAUAUUCAUAAUGACUCGGACUUGAGCACCAACAGUAGUUUUAGCCCUGAUGAGGAGAGGAGAUCUAAAGUACAAGAUGUUGUGCCUCAGGCUCUGUUAGAUCAGUAUUUAUCUAUGACAGACCCGUCUCGUGCACAGACCGUCGACACUGAGAUCGCUAAGCACUGUGCCUACAGCCUUCCCGGCGUGGCCCUGACCCUGGGCAGGCAGAACUGGCACUGCCUGAGAGAGACCUACGAGACGCUCGCGUCAGACAUGCAGUGGAAGGUUCGAAGAACAUUAGCCUUCUCCAUCCACGAGCUUGCAGUUAUCCUUGGAGAUCAGCUGACAGCUGCAGAUCUGGUUCCCAUCUUCAAUGGAUUUUUAAAAGACCUCGAUGAAGUCAGGAUAGGUGUUCUUAAACAUUUGCAUGAUUUUCUGAAGCUUCUUCAUAUUGACAAAAGAAGAGAGUAUCUUUAUCAACUUCAGGAGUUUUUGGUGACAGAUAAUAGUAGAAAUUGGCGCUUUCGAGCUGAACUGGCUGAACAGCUGAUUUUACUUCUAGAAUUAUAUAGUCCCAGAGAUGUUUAUGACUAUUUACGUCCCAUUGCUCUGAAUCUAUGUGCAGAUAAAGUUUCUUCUGUUCGUUGGAUUUCCUACAAGUUGGUCAGUGAAAUGGUGAAGAAGCUGCACAUGGCGACACCCCCCACGUUUGGAGUGGACCUCAUCAAUGAGCUUGUAGAAAACUUUGGUAGAUGUCCCAAGUGGUCUGGUCGGCAAGCCUUUGUCUUUGUCUGCCAGACUGUCAUUGAGGACGAUUGCCUUCCCAUGGACCAGUUCGCCGUGCAUCUGAUGCCACAUCUGCUAACCUUGGCGAAUGAUAGGGUUCCAAACGUUCGAGUGCUGCUCGCAAAGACAUUAAGACAAACUCUACUAGAGAAAGAAUAUUUCUUGACCUCUGCCGGCUGUCACCAGGAAGCCGUGGAACAGACCAUCGUGGCUCUUCAGAUGGAUCGGGACAGUGACGUCAAGUAUUUUGCAAGCAUCCACCCUGCUAGUACCAAAAUUUCUGAUGAUGCCAUGAGCACAGCUUCCUCAACCUACUAGAAAGCUGGGACCUCGUUGUCCUCCUUCCUCGGGGGCCAAGGGCUGACAAGUGCUCCACGCGUGUGAUCUGGGACAGCCUCUGGGAGGAGGAGAGACCUUCCUCUCUCGCAGACUCAAUUGCAGGUGCAAGUUGCCUACACUGAUACCAGGGAUUUUAAGAGUCAAGAGAAAGUACAGUAAACACUAUUAUCUUA